AUGGGAAACCUCACUAAGUUCUUGGGUAUAGAAGUGUAUAGAGACACAACAGGACUGCAUUUAAAUCAAGGAAAAUAUGCAAUUGAUCUACUGAGAAAAUUUGGGUAUGAAAACCCGAACCCAAGCUUGACGCCAAUGUAUUUAGCCUAUACAAGACCUGAUAUCACCUACUCUGUAAACAAAAUGAGCCAGUUUCUCCAAACACCAACAGAUGCUCACUGGAAGGCACUCAAAAGGGUGUUCAGGUACUUGAAAGGAACAAUAAAACAUGGCCUUAUCAUUCGGAAAAGUGACAAUCUUGACGUAAAUGCAUUUGCUGACUCUGACUGGGCAUCAUGCCCAAAUGAUAGAAGAUCCACUGCUGGUUAUUGUGUAUACCUUGGAGAUAACUUGUUGUCUCGGUGUACUGCUGUCAUGAAAAGUAGACUUGUUGACGUGCAUUCCAUCGCAACCACUAUCACAGGUGAUGGGAUGAGGAUCGAUGGUUUGUUAUUGUGCAUUCCAUCGCACCACUCCAACGGGGUUGGUAAAGAGUAUAGAGGGAUAUAA